UGUUGUCCAUCACCCCGGCUUUGUUAUCCUGUCGCUUCCUCACCUGGCCACAGGCACCUCCUGACCUGUAGCCCAGAGCCGGGUGCCAGCAGCCGCGCCACCGCCGCCAUGGUGUCCCCGGUCACCGUGGUGAAGAUUGAGGGACCCAAGCUGGUGCCCUUCUUCAAGGCCACCUGCAUAUAUUUUGUGCUCUGGCUGCCCUCGUCCAACCCAUCUUGGUUCAGCGCCCUCAUCAAGUGCCUGCCUGUCAUCUGCCUCUGGCUCUUCCUUCUGGCCCAUGGCCUAGGAUUCCUGCUGGCCCACCCCAGUGCCACCCGCAUCUUUGUGGGGCUCGUCUUCUCCACCCUAGGUGAUGCCUUCCUCAUCUGGCAGGACCAGGGCUACUUUGUGCACGGUCUACUGAUGUUUGCUGUGACCCACAUGCUUUACGCCUCAGCCUUUGGCAGGCGGCCAUGGGCUCUUCGGACAGGUCUGGUGAUGGCAGUGCUGUCCUGCCUGUUCUAUGCCUUCCUCUACCCGGGCCUCUCCGGUGCCUUCACGUACUUGGUGGGGAUCUAUGUGUUCAUUAUCAGCUUCAUGAGCUGGCUGGCUAUAGGGCCCUGGCCGGUUGGGGCAGCCUGGCGCUGGACUGAGCUGGCAGCAGCCAGCGGUGCAGUACUCUUUAUGGUCUCAGACAUGAUCCUCGCCAUCAACAAGUUUCGCUUUCCCGUGCCCUACUCGCGGGCACUCAUCAUGUCCACCUACUAUGCUGCCCAGAUGCUCAUUGCCCUGUCAGCUGUUGAGAACCGGGAGCCAGCAGAAGACUACAGACUGAGCAAAGCCAACUGAAGGGCUAGGGUCUGGUCACCUGUCCUCUCCUGGGACUGGGGUCCAGAGCCUGGGAACCUGCAAGAGCUGGUUCAGGAUGGCUGCAGUUUCAGACUGAGGCAGCGGGUACCACCUGGAAAAUGUACAAGUUUGAGGGGGUGAGCAGGCAAGGAUCUCUCUAGCAAAGCUAGUGGUUCCGGACAAUGCUGAGAGCUAAAAAGAGCCAGAUUAAUAAUGCUCCUUGCUGGAGCCAGAAGUAGACAUCUCCCCACCUCUACCCCACUGGGAUUGUCAAAGCCCCUCUGGAUGAUGAUGGUGCUCAGCUUCUUGACCUCCCCACUCUUCUACUAUAUGGAAGAGUCUAGGUCACCCACUUCCACUCUUUUUGAUCUAUGUAGAGUUAAGGGGGAGGGGAGAAAUGUGUUAGGGUUUGAAGCCCCUUUCAAAGGCCCCUAGUUAGGAAGAUUGGAUGAAGGUAGACGCUCUCUUUACCUCAUCUAUCCUUGUUACUUGAACAAUCUCAAUCUCUAUGUGGUGGGUAGGAAGGUGUCUGUCCGAGAAGGCAAGAGAUGGGGAUUCUUUGGCCUGGGAGCUUGGGGUAUCAAGGAUUCAAGUUGGUCCCAUCUUUCUCAAAGGACAGCCCAGAGCUCAGACCCCACAUCACCGCCCUCAGAUCCUAUCCCCAGAUCUAGGGUGAACCAUGCCAAAGGAAGGGGCUAGCCUGUGUGUGUCCAUGUGUAUAGUCUGUCUCCCAGCCUUUGUCUUUCUCUGCCAUCUGUCUCUGUUCUGCUGUCUGUUAGUUAUAGGGAGAGGCCUCAGGGAGCUGCUGAAGGGAUGCUGAGCCUGGCUUGGAGAGCUGGGAGCCCCCUACCCCCCUAGUUCUUUCCUCCCUACCACUCCUGCACUGGGAGAAAGAGGAGGGGGGCUCAAAUGACACUCUAGGGUCAUAAGACCCAAGGCACAUUCAAUGCAAGGUGAGAAAGGAUGAGACAACUCCAUCCUUUACUGUUCAUAUGAAAAAAUGGAAAUAAAAACCAAGGGCCAUUGGCUGCCCUGCCUGUCUGUCUGUGUGGCACAUGCCUAUUCUGGAGAGGAGGGUGUGGGGGCAUGGAGCCAGGGGCCCUGGAUGUCCUCACAGCCUGGGUCACAGCACUGACCAGUGCAUCUUGGUGCCAGGCUGUCUCCCUGGCUCUGGUAACGCUGCUGGUUGGAAUGGGUCUCACUUCCCUGGUCACAUGUGUGGGAGAGGAUGUAGUUCAGGAAGGUGGGGGAUGGGUAGUAUUUGCCACUGUCCAUCUCCUUGAUCACUCGCCUGUGCAUGGGUGCCCAGCACCUGUGGUGAUUCUGAGUUACCCAGUGUCCUCCUGCUGCCCACCUCCUCCCUGCCUCACCCCAGACCUGCUACCUGCUCCAAAAUGAUCCAGAUUCCCUUCAGCCAUUUUUUCUCUUCUCAGACUCAGGGCUCAGUUGAACAGCUGGGAGGGAUGGGAUUAAACUGGGUGAUUCAUACUUUUGAUGUGAAGUCCUGGCAGAAUUAUGCAUCCCUCAUACUCCAGGGACAUUUGCAUCUUAAUAGACAGUGCUCUGACCCAGAAUUUGAGAGGGAAGCCUUGGGUGUGUUGAAUAUGCCAUUAGUAGUGGGGUUGUACAGCUGGGACAGGACAGAAGAGAUGCAGGUUCCUUGUGGGUAUUGAAUGAAUCAGCAAUUUUCAAAAAACGGUUUUUACAGAAGUCUCUGGUGAGAGAUAGCAAAAGAAUAGAGGAGGGAGGCUCAAAGAUCCCUAUCCUUGCUUUUUAAGGGAAGGAUUCCACUGCAAAAACAUAAGUUUGAGCCCGGCUGGGGUGGCUCA